AUGUUUUUCGACGGAUCUGGCAGAGGCAUGACGUCCACCGCCGUGGAGAAGGCCGUCGAGACAUCCAGAUCAACGGGCGUCCUGAAUCUGCGUGGCUACGACAUCGAAGAAGUUCCGGCGGCUGUUUACGACCCCUCGAAGAUCGAGACCAACUGGUGGGAGGUGACCGAACUGGUGCAAGUUGUCCUGUCGUUCAACCAGAUAUCCAAGGUGCCGAACGAACUGGGCGAUCUCGUGAGCAUCACACUGCUGGAUGUGAGCCACAAUCGACUGGACUGCCUGCCGUCCAGCCUGUGCCAGCUGUCACACCUCAAGUCACUGGACAUCUCCCACAACCAGAUCAGCGCACUCCCGCAGGAGCUGGAAGAACUGUCAUUCCUGGUGCAGCUGCUGUGCACCAACAACCAGCUGACCAGGCUUCCUUCGGGCUUUGGGACAAACCAGCCAAACCUGGUGAAGCUGCUGGUGGCUGAGAAUGCGCUGACGGAGCUUCCAGCCAAGCUGUCAGCCUGCAGGUCUUUGACCAUCCUAGAUGCGCAGAGGAACAAUCUUGAGACAGUCACGCUUGGCUCGCUGACCAGUCUGGUGGAUGUAAAUUUGAGCCACAACAAGCUGACAAGCAUACUGCCGGCCGACAUCAACGGCCUGCAAAAGCUCAAAGUCUUGAAUGUUCGAUACAAUCAGCUGGCAAACCUGCCAGGAAUGGCAAAGUGCAGCAGCCUGGUGGAAUUGCACGCUGGAUUCAACAGGCUGAAGAAAAUUCCAUCAGACAUGGGAAGCAUGGAGGCACUGAAGGUAUUGGAUUUGUCCACAAACAACAUCAGCAGCAUCCCAGCUGCUGCUUGCCAGAUGCGGCUGCUGACUUUAGACUUGAGCAACAACACAAUCGGCACUCUGCCCCCAGAGCUGGGUCUAAUGACAACCCUGAAGAAACUACCACUUGAAGGCAAUCCCAUCAGAAGCAUCCGCCGGGAAUUGAUUACUGGUCCAACAGAGAGCCUGCUUCACGCCCUGCAAAUGCGAAUGCCAGACACUGCCACAGGAAGCUUCCAGAAGCCUGUGAAUGCUGCGCAGCACGUGCAGUCGUGGUCAUUUGGUGGGGAAGAGGGUGACCCUGCUGCGGACGUGGCACGCAGACUCAAUCUGGGAUCCAAGGGACGCAAACUGGAUUUGAAGGGUGCUGGCUUGACUGAACUUCCACAGCAGGUUUGGGAUGCGAUGCCAUCGUUGGAGAGAUUGGACCUCAGCAACAAUAAGAUUGCCACAAUACCUGUGGAAGCUUUCCACGAAGCUUUUCACCUGCAGAGAUUGGCAUUGGACAACAUGGGCCUCACUACUUGGCCUUUGCCGAUGCGUCAAGGCUUGCUGCCAAGCCUCCUUGGCCUGUCCAUUGCCAGAAAUCCCAUAUCUGCUGUUCCUCGGGAUGCAUUCAUGUGCUGCUCAGAUACGCUCACGGAGCUGGACAUGUCAGGCACAGACACAGUUGGCAAAUUACCGGUGGGCGUUUUGGUUGGUUUGCGAAAGCUGCAGUGCCUGUCCCUGAACAGAGCACAGCUGCGAGAGAUUCCAGGAGUGCUCCUUGAAAUGCCUUCAUUGACGACACUGGACCUGAGCGACAACACAAUCACCACCAUUCCUGUGUCAAUCACCUGCCUAACGAAUCUACAGGUCUUGAAUCUGGCCAACAACAGCAUUGCUGACGUGCCUCCACAGAUAGGUUUGAUGCAUCCUACUUUGAAGAAGUUUGUGCUGGAGGGCAAUAUCUUGAAAAGGCUGCGGCGCAAUGUGUUAGAAAAAGGCACAUGUGCUAUUCUAGAGUAUUUGCGGGACAGGAUUCCUGUGUGA